CUUGGCCGCAACCACGCAUAUAAAGGACGUCCUGUCCGGACCCUUCCAUCCUUUCUCUUUCUCUCCAACCCAUCGCGUUCAUUCAUUCUCUCUUUUACCUUAUCUCCUUUUGCUUCUGUUGAUCAGGCUAUUCGUUCUUUUUCCUCAACCUAAUUCCAGCCACCAAGUUUCUGUUGACCAGAAACUUAUCUCAAUAUGCGUUCCUUCCAGCUUCUCGGCCUCGCCGCUGUCGGCUCUCUCGUGUCGGCUGCCCCUGCUCCCUCCUUGACCAAGAAGGACUCCUCCUGCACCAUCACCUCCGCCGCUGAGGCCACCGAGAGCGUCUCCGGCUGCUCCAAGGUCGUCGUCAAGGACGUCAAGGUCCCUGCCGGUGAGACCCUCGACCUGUCCAAGGUCGACGACGGCACCACCAUCACCUUCGAGGGCACCACCACCUUCGAGUACAAGGAAUGGAAGGGCCCUCUGAUCCGCAUCGAGGGUAAGGAGAUCACCGUCAACAUGGCCGAGGGCGGCCUCAUCGACGGUGACGGCUCUCGCUGGUGGGACUCCAAGGGCACCAACGGCGGCAAGAAGAAGCCCAAGUUCCUGUACGCCCACAAGCUCGAGGACUCGACCAUCUCCGGCCUCAACAUCAAGAACACCCCCGUGCAGGCCAUCUCCGUGCAGGCCACCAACACCCUGUUCGAGAACAUCCACAUCGACAACUCGGACGGCGACUCCAACGGCGGCCACAACACCGACGCCUUCGACGUCGGCGAGUCCGACGGCGUGCAGAUCCGCGGCGCCGUCGUCAAGAACCAGGACGACUGUCUGGCCAUCAACUCGGGCAAGAACAUCGAGUUCAGCGGCGCGACCUGCUCCGGCGGCCACGGUAUCUCCAUCGGCUCGAUCGGCGGCCGUGACGACAACACCGUCUCGAACGUGACCAUCGCCGACUCGACCGUCACCAACUCGGACAACGGCAUCCGCAUCAAGACCAUCGUCGACGAGACCGGCGACGUGUCCGACGUCACCUACUCGAACAUCGAGCUGUCCAAGAUCCACAAGAAGGCCAUCGUCAUCCAGCAGGACUACAAGAACGGCGGCCCCACCGGCGAGCCCUCCAACGACAUCCCCAUCAAGGGCCUGACCGUCGACGGCAUCACCGGCUCCGUCGACUCCGACGCCGUCCCCAUCUACAUCCUCUGCGGUUCCGGCAGCUGCACCGACUGGACCUGGUCCGGCGUUGACCUGUCCGGUGGCAAGGACUCCACCUGCAAGAACCAGCCCUCCGGCGUUUCUUGCUAGAUUUCUCGCCCGGUUGAUUGAGUGGAGGUGUCGCGAGUGAUGGAGGCCAGCAGGAGGUGUAUAUAUGAGAUCGAUCUUUUGUAAUUGCAUCUACAGACAAUAUAAUCA